AUGGCAAAGGAAAAUUCCACAGAGGUCACAGAGUUCCUCCUUUUAGGACUGACAGACCGUGAAGAAUUGAAAGUGUUUCUCUUUGUUCUUAUCCUAUUGAUAUAUAUCAUUUCUUUGGUGGGGAAUCUUGGAAUGUUCAUAUUAAUUCAAAUCAUCCCUAAGCUUCAUACUCCCAUGUACUUUUUCCUGAGCUGCCUUUCCCUUGUUGAUGCUUGUUAUUGUUCUGUGUUUGGACCCGAAAUGCUUGUGAGUUUCUUUGAGAAGACAACCAUAUCAUUCAGUGCUUGUAUACUGCAAGGUUAUUUAUUUGGAGUUUUUGUUACCACUGAGGGAUUUUUCCUAGCAGUGAUGGCAUAUGAUCGGUAUGUAGCAAUUGUUAAUCCAUUGCUUUACAUGGUGGUCAUGACCAAAAGAGUUUGUGCCCUGCUAGUCAUUGGGUCAUUUAUAGGGGGAAUAAGUAAUGCACUAAUACACACAAUUGGCUUAGUCAGAUUAUCCUUUUGUGGCUCAAAUAUCAUCCACCAUUUUUUCUGUGAUGUCCCUGCAAUGUUGAAAAUCUCCUGCUCUGACACUUCCAGAAAUGAAUUGUUGCUCUUGAUAUUUUCAGGAAUAAUUGCCAUACUCACCUUCUUGAUUGUGAUUAUUUCUUAUAUCUUCAUUGUUGUUUCCAUUCUCAGGAUCCGCUCAGCAGCUGGAACAAAUAAGGCCUUCUCAACCUGUGCUUCCCACCUUACAGCUGUGACCUUGUUCUAUGGCUCCCUAAGCUUUAGCUAUAUUCAGCCAAGUUCCCAAUAUUCCCUAGAACAAGAGAAAGUUGUUUCUGUAUUUUAUACCAUGGUGAUUCCAAUGCUGAACCCAUUGAUCUAUAGCCUAAGGAAUAAAGAGGUUAAGGAUGCAGCAAAAAGGGCAAUAGAACUGAAACCAUCUUUUUGUUAA